CCCCAUUCCCAAUUUCAGAUGUCUUCUCGCAACACUCCUAAAACGCACUCGCACGCUUCAGACGUAGAAGCUUUUAAAGAAGCUUUCAAAAAGUACCUUGCCGUCGAACAGGGUGCAGUUACUUUAAGGAAUUUUUAUCAGUUCGAUCCCGAGUUCGUGUACAGCCACAGCAACUUAAGAGAUGUCAAAGGAACAUGGAACUAUUUGUUCACCAAAGCUAUAAAAGAAUUCCAAGUUCCAAAAUGGACCAAGCAGCAGCCAAAUUGGAUAGAAAUCCUGGAAGAGCUGGUCAAGCGCAACGAGCAGGUACCUGCAACAGCCGCCCCAAGUUCACCAUCAGCCACCAUCACUUCUUCUUACAAGACACCUCAUUCCCAAUAAGCAAAAAAAUAAAAAAUUCAAAGUGACAUCUAAUAUUCAGGAGUUUGAAAGAUAUUUGGUUUGUUUAACGCUAGUAUUUCAGGAUACCGAAUUCUUGCUUUGAGAUGCACAUUUGUUGAGACCAAUAAAUGUACUCGCGGAUAUCACUCCCUUUAGCUCUUGCUGCGAAUCCGACAAUAUCAUCAACAUCGACCACCAAAAAUAUUGAGCCGGCAAAAGAAAACGGGGAAAAAGAUUAUCUGUCUGAAGGUUUCUUAUGUGAUAGUUACGAUGUUUCACGGAGAAAAAAACAUCAAUUCACAGUGAAUUAGUUAUAAUUACAGUACACAUAUCUGUUAAGCCGUUCACAUCAGCUUUCAGCGAGG